AUGAAGUUAACUUCAUUAAUAUCGUUAACGUUAGCUCUUAUGAGUUCAACCGUAAUGGCUUUUGACCCGUUAUCUAACACUAACGUAGCAGUAUAUUGGGGACAAAACUCUGGAUUGUCUCAACAAAGAUUAUCUACUUACUGUCAAGAUCCAAACGUUGAUAUAGUAGUCCUUUCAUUUAUGGAUGUGUUCCCUAACACUUUAGACAUUAAUUUUGCUAAUGCAUGUGGGGGUCCAACCAAUUCGGAAGGUUUAUUAAUUUGUGAUCAAAUUGCUACAGAUAUUGGUACUUGUCAAAGUUUAGGUAUAAAAGUCUUACUUUCAUUAGGUGGUGCUUCCGGUGCUUAUGGUUUCACUUCUGACCAACAAGCUACUGAUUUUGCAACUACCUUAUGGGAUUUUUUUGGAAAUUCUGAUGCUCAACCACCAACCAAUAGACCAUUUGGUACAGCUGUUCUUGAUGGUUUUGAUUUUGAUAUUGAAGAUAAUAAUCCUACUGGAUACGCUGCCUUAGCCACAGCUUUGAGAACUCUUUAUGCUACAGAUAAUUCCAAACAAUAUUUCAUAUCCGCAGCCCCUCAAUGUCCUUACCCUGAUGCUUCUACCGGUGACUUGUUAGCUAAUGCAGAUGUAGAUUUUGCUUUUAUUCAAUUCUACAAUAAUUACUGUAAUUUAAAUUCAGGAGCCAAUUUUAAUUGGGAUACUUGGGUAAACUUUGCUGAAAAUGUUUCUCCAAACAAAAAUAUUAGACUUUAUGUUGGUUUACCAGCUGAUACUACUGCUGCUGGAUCAGGUUAUACCCCAUCUGCUCAAGUAGAGCAAUAUUUGGCCGCAGCUAGUGUAUUCUCCAGUCCUUACUUGGGUGGUAUCUCCUUAUGGGAUGCUUCUCAGGCUUGGAAUAAUGUUGUUAAUGGUGAAAACUUUGUUGAUCAAGUCAAGAAUAUAUUGGUUGAAAAUGUACCAGUAGCUGAACCUACUACUACCACCCCAACUACUACUCCAACAACUACUACUCCAACAACUACCACCACUAGUACUCCAACUACAACCAGUACCACUACUACCAGUACUCCAACUACUACUUCUCCAACUACUACUUCAACUACCAGUCCUACUACCACAAGUACUCCAACUACUACUAGCACUACUAGCACUCCAACUACCACAAGAGCCACUACCACAAGUACUCCAACCACUACUAGCUCUACUUCUACUACUACUACUAGUACUCCAACCACUACUAUUGUUCCAACCACUACUAGUAUUCCAACCACUACUAGUAUUCCAACCACUACUAGUACUCCAACCACUACUAUUGCUCCAACCACUACUAGUAUUCCAACCACUACUAGUACCCCAACCACUACUAGUACUCCAACCACUACUAGUACUCCAACCACUACUAGUACUCCAACCACUACUAGUACUACUUCUACCACUACUAGUACUACUUCUACCACUAGUACUUCAGCUACCACUAACACUCUCAAAACGGUUACUACGAGUGCAACUAAGAUAUUUACAGUAUACCAAAUACAUACCACUCUUACCGAAGUUAUUUCUUGCCCUUUGGCCACAACUACAAAGCUUACCACAGUUAGUGCCCCUCCAUCCUGGUGGCCAUAA